AUGUCGAACGAACACAGUGCUCAGUACGACAAGGAUACUAUCGCAAUAAUCAGCGCCAUCGAGUUUGAGAUGAGUGCUUUCCGGUUCAUGCUGGACCGCGAACACUCUCGUCUCCCCACUGUACAAGGCGACCGCAACAGCUACAUUCCCGGCAAACUCAACAGUCACAACGUCGUCCUUGCGUAUCUUCCAGACAACCAAGGCAAAGGGACUGCCGCCAUCAUUGCCACAAAUCUAGGCCGUACAUUCCGCUUUUAA